UUAAAAUGAAAACAUAAAUAUGUAACCCCUAACAACGAAAGUCGACUCGACGAUUUACAUUAGCGGCCAUAUUUUUCUUAAAAACAAACAUUGUAAAAUAUAAGAAAAAUUAAUAUAGCAAAAAUACAACAUCUCUACAACAAUUUUAUAGAAAUGGCCACGGUACGACGAGCGCCCCAGCAGACAGUCGCUCAACGGGAAAGACAGCUGGAAAACUCUCGACACCAGGAGAUGGUGCGGGAAGAAACGCUGCGCACUCUUGCUCGCGAAAAAAUGCUGGAGUCCAACAUGAACCGAGGGGAGCGCCUCGACAGCAAACGAUUCAUUCGCCAGACCAUGCAGGAAACGAAGGAGAGAGAGAUGGAGGAAACCAUACUCAAGGCCCAGAGGGACCGCCUCCAGCGCGAGGAGCAGAUGGCACAGGAGGAGAGACUUGCAGCGGAGCUGGAACGCAGGAAACUAGACGGCAUCAGGGACGAGAAAAUGAGACAACAGAUCCGGGAAUCUAGUCUGGAACUGAGAGAGUUAGAGGCCAAACUGAAGUCUGCGUACAUGAACAAGGAGCGUAUGGCCCAGAUGGCUGAGAAGGAAGCAAUCAAGUUUGACAUCAUGAAACGUGAUGCAGAGAUUUCACGGGAGAUGAUGGAGGAGCACAAGCGAGCGGAGGAGGCUGAGAAACAGCGCGAGAUGGAGCGCUACAAGGAGAGCAUCCGGUACCAGCAGGAGCUGGAGAGGCAGCUGGAGGAGCAGGAGGAGCGCAAACAGCAGGCAUACGAGGAGUUCCUCAAGGAGAAACUCAUGAUUGACGAGAUAGUGAGGAAGAUAUACGAGGAGGAUCAGAGAGAGCGAGAGCUGGCCCUUCAGAAACAGAAGGCGACCCAGGAGUUCAUACGUGACUUCAAGGAGGCGCGGGAGCAGUGGAAGCAGCUGGAGAGGCAGAGAAUGGAGGCGGAGAACGAGAGGAUCAAGGAGUUCGCGGCCCUGCAGAAACUGAGAGAGGGGGAGAGGCAGGCACAGAAGAAGGCCAAAGAGGACUCAAUGGCCCGCGUGCAGCAGGCGCUUGCAGAGGAGAUAUCUCGUGCAGAUGAAGAGAGAGAAGAGAUGGAGAGGGUCAGAAUGGAGCUGCACCUGGAGGAGCAGGAGGAACGGGAGAGGCAGAAGGAGAGGGACCUGAUGGCUCGGCGUAUCCGGCAGCGUCUGGAGCUGCAGGAGCAACACGCCCAGCAGAUCCACUUCAAGCAGCUCAGGAAGGAGGCGGAGGACAAGGAGGAGGAGGCAUUCAGACAACAGAUGCUGGCCAAGUUUGCGGAGGAUGACAAGAUAGAGCAGCUCAACGCCCAGAAGAGGCGUAUGAAGCAGCUGCAGCACAAGCGCGCAGUCGAGGACCUCAUUGAGGACAGGCGUGUGCAGUUUGCUGCUGACCGGGAGCGCGAGUUGGAGGGCAGACGGGAGGAAGAGAGGAUGGAGGCUUUCAGGAGGAAUAUCAUCGAGGAGGAGAGGCAGAAACUGCUGAGAGAGCACGCCAUGCGUCUCCUGGGAUACCUGCCCAAGGGAGUUAUACGUGAUGAGGGUGACCUACAGAGGCUGGGCCCAGAGUUCCAGGAGGCGUAUCAGCGGAGACAAAUCGACCCCUUUGACGACGGGGCCUGGGAGCCACGAUAGUACCUCGCCUGACUGCUGUAUCAGUGGACUAUAUAGGGGGACUGGUUGUUAUGUGACAUAAAUCCUAUUCAGUUGUUCAUAUGCAUAUUUUAGAUUAAAUUAUUUAAUUAUAUAUAUUUUUGGGUUUGUUUAGAAAAAUGCUGUUUCAUCUAAAAAAAAUUAUUGAAAGCUGUUUUUGUUUUAAACUGGAUUAUAUAAUGAACUGGUUGAAAUUUGGCAUGGGUCUUAAUUUGUUGUUCAUAUGCAUAUUUUGUGUAUGUAUUUAUGUGAUUAAAUGAUUGAAUUUUAUAAUAAAAAAUUGUUUGGGUUAGAUAAAAAUAAAAUAAAAGAAAUAAAAUAUUCUAUCUUAUAGCAAGAUGUUUAGUUUGCUUUUCAAGCAUGUGUCAGCCAAUCUUGUUUCAUUUAAAACAAAUCUAUUUAAAGCAGUUUUGUUAUGAUUGUUUAACAAAGAAAAGUGUUGAUCCUAAAGUUUCAACAAAAUGUACUGCACAUGUGCACGUCAAUUAUUAUAGCAUACACUUGCAGUGUUUUUAACCAGGUUUUCCGAAGGAAAAAACUGGUUAUUAGAUUGGCGAAUGCGGGCGGGCUGGCUGGCUGGCGGGCUGGCGGAAUAAGCUUGUCCGGGCCAUAACUAUGUCGUUCAUUGUCAGAUUUUAAAAUCAUUUGGCACAUUUGUUCACCAUCAUUGGACGGUGUGUCGCGCGAAAUAAUUACGUCGAUAUCUCCAAGGUCAAGGUCACACUUUGAGUUCAAAGGUCAAAAAUGGCCAUAAAUGAGCUUGUCCGAGCCAUAACUAUGUCGUUCAUCGUCAGAUUUUAAAAUCAUUUGGCACAUUUGUUCACCAUCAUUGGACGGUGUGUCGCGCGAAAUAAUUACGUCGAUAUCUCCAAGGUCAAGGUCACACUUUGAGUUCAAAGGUCAAAAAUGGCCAUAAAUGAGCUUGUCCUGGCCAUAACUAUGUCAUUCAUUGUGAGAUUUUAAAAUCAUUUGGCACAUUUGUUCACCAUCAUGGGACGGUGUGUCCCACGAAAGAAUCACGUCAAUAUCUCCAAUGUCAAGGUCGCCACGACUAAAAAUAGAUUCAAGAAAAAAAAAAAAACUUACAAAGGGGUUUAAUUUUUUUUGGUCAUUUCAAAAGUUCAGUUUGAGUUUUCUCCCUUUAUCAGAUUUUUUUUUCACAAUGAAAACCUGGUUUUGUGACAAUUUUGUCCCUUGUUCUAAUUGUAUAAUGAUUAUUGAUUGCACUCAUUUAUUGUGUUAGCUUCUAACUUCUCUUUUUGAUACAAAAUUGAAUAUUCCUCUCUCUACGAAAGAGUUAGUAAGAAGCUAACUGCAUAUAUAGACCAUGCUCUGUGAAAAGGGGGUAUAACACAUGUGCGCAAAGUGACGUCCCAGACAUUAUCGUCCGAAUAAUCAGGAACGACUCUUUCUUUUUUUAUUAGCAAAAAUAUAGUUUAGGCUGAAAGUGUAGUACCUGAUUAUCCUGUGCGGACUGCACAGGCUUAUCUGGGACGAAACUUUACACUCAUGCAUUAAACCCCCUUUUCACAGAGCAUGGCUCAUAUAGAUGAACAGAGUAUGUUAUACUUUCCAAAGGGGUUUUGUAUGUGCUUAAUUUAUUGAAUAUUAUAAAUGUUUUAAGGAUUCAGUUAGAAACUCUUGUGACAGCUUAUAAUUUUUCUUUUAAAUGAAGACUUACAAUUUAUAAUCGUUUUAAAGACAUCCCUGUGAAUGAAAGAUACAUUGAGUGACUCUAAGUCUGCGGCGGACUGAAUAUCAAUAUAGGGAAUAUUGUUCUGUGAUACGAUAUUUCAUUGUGUAUGUAUGUGUGCAUUAACUAAUAAAUUCUAUUUGAUUGUUUAAAGAGUUGCUAGGGUAUUGCACCCGGAUUCCUUGUAUCUAAAUACUGUCUCUUCUGAUUGCUGUCGCUUCAGUAAAACCAGAAGACCUGAUUGAAAAUAAGUGCUUGCACUUUCAUGGGUUAUCCUUGACUGCAAGGUCAAAAUAAAUACUACUUCUACUA